AUGUAUUCUUAUGAUGAUAUUCUUUCAUCCCUGGAUGAUCUACCCCGUCUCGCCUGCGUUCUAAAAGAGAAAUCUCAAGUGGUACUGCCUGAUUCGGUAUUUACUCAAAUCGCGAAGUAUUUUCUCAAUCAACCAAUAACCGUUGAAGGACUCGCUGUACAACGAAAUUUAUAUGGUCGAAUACGAUCAUCAUCAUUAGAUCAAGAUGAGUUCAAUCUUUUGAUACGAAACAUCCAGUAUUGUCUUAAUUCAAACUUACAAGACUUAAUCAAACCAUUUCUUCAAUAUUUACAUAAUAUGAAUCGUCUAUUACCAAGCAAUUUUCGUGAUAUGGCUUAUUUAUGUGCUGUAAUCCUUCUUCCACAUGGUAAUAAAAAUAUCAUUGCGUGUAUUUUAUGUGCAUAUUUAGAAACGAAUGCACGAAGUGAUACGCGAUAUGAUUUGAUUAUUAAUAAUCUUUACGACAAUGACGAUGAAGACGAAGAUAACAUCUGGUUGGACCAAUUAACAAAAAUUCUUAUUGAAAACGAUAAACAAUGGCUAAGAAAACAUUAUCUGGAAAAAAUCUACUCGAAAAAGCUUUUAGAAACCAUCGAUACACAUGAUACUGAAAAUCUAUUAACUAUCGAUGUUAGAGCACAAGAAGAACAAACACAAACGUUGAUAGUUGAUAAAAUCAACUUAAGUUCACUAUCAUCAUUUGAUGAUCUUCAUUCAAAAUUAUCAUCGUACGUUAUUGACACUCUUCCUAAUCAAUCCAUUACAGAAUCAUCGCUUUAUCGUUUAUUAUCAUCAACAACAAAUUAUCCAUAUGAUCUUCAUGUUUUAUUUUCUUGUUCAUUAAUAUCUAUUCUCGAUCCAACGAAUUAUUCAUCAUCGACUCUUCGUUUGUUUCGACAAUUGAUUCUCUUAUUGAACAAUUAUUACAUUCAUCAGCACGAUCUCUUCGAUGAUAAUCGUUUUCGUAUAACAAUCGUCUUUCUUGUUUCCAAACUGCUUUGUGAAGUUCAUCGGCGUCGUUCACAAUCCGAACACGAAUGGUAUCGCCUAUAUAAAGAUGUACCGGACGACCAUCCAUUACCAACAUUUGAUUUCUUUGCUGAUCUUCUUGGUCUGUUGGCAACACUAUGCUACAAUCAUCUUGAUUGUCAACAACAAGUUCAACGAGUAUCAGGAACAAUCGAAGCCAUUCUAUCAAUGACACGAAUUGAUCUGAAUCAACCGAAAUCACAAACAUGUGUUAUAUGGUUGUUGAAAUGUUUGACAGAAAUCAAUGAGGAACUUCGAAAUUAUAUCAAACAAAUUCAAUAG